AUGAAAAAUCUGCUCAAAAUUCCUUCCUUACUAACUAAUCAGGAACCACAAGAUUUAAAAGGCACCGACGAUCUGGAAUAUCUGGGGAAGGUGGUGGCUGGUUCCAUUGUGGCUGCAGCUGUUAAGUAUGGAAGCAUAGGUUUUCCUGAGAUAACCAGACCCAACUCCUGUCAUUGUAGCCAUUUUAUUUUUGAUCAAGCAGAGCCAUGCAUGCAGAGGGGCGAAGCUAGGAUAGGAAAACCCUCGUGA